AUGCUACCGUUGGGGUUGAGGGUGCAAGAGAAGAUUGAGAAGCUACUGGACAAGCACAUGCACGCAAUCGGGGCUGCUCGCCUCGCAUUGUCAAGCCUUUCCUCAGCGCAGCUCUGGGAGCAAAGUGGCCGGCUAUCUCAAGUCAGCGGCGAGCUCUUCCAGCUUGAGGACCGCAAGAAGCACCGCUUCUUACUGGCCCCUACGCACGAGGAGGAGAUCACCGCGCUGGUGGCAGCUGGAGCCAACUCGUACAAACACAUGCCUCUCCGAUUAUACCAGACCACACGCAAGUACCGCGAUGAGAUACGCCCAAGACACGGCCUGCUAAGGUCGCGAGAAUUUCUGAUGAAGGAUCUUUACAGCUUUGACUGGUCCUACGAGAAGGCUUUUGAGACUUACAACUUGGUUGCUAAGGCAUAUCAGCAGUUUUUCAAAGACCUCAACCUGCCAAUUCUCGUGGCCGAGGCCAGCUCCGGCGACAUGGGUGGCAAGCUCAGUCACGAAUACCACCUCACCAGCCCUAUUGGUUCGGAUACAAUCUACACCUGUGAUAAAUGCGAUUACGCCUCCAACGACGAGGUCGCUUCGCCUAGGCUCCCCGUUGCCGACGAAGUGAUCGGAGGGGAGGCAGUUCCUGUUCCAGCUUUGGCAUGGACGGGUGUCACCACCGACAGGAGGACAUUGGUCAAUGUCUGGAUACCAAAAAAUGCUGGUGACCCGAAUAUUCACGCCAUCAAGGCCGCAGUCUCGGAUCUCGAUACGACGCUUUCGGGCCAGCCCGCACAUCAGGCUUGGGAAGACCAGCACAAAUCCACUGAGGCUGGAGGGCCACCUCAAGUCAAGCAGCUGAUUGACGGCCGUCUAGCAAAGGUUAUGACAACAGUCGAUGAGCUCCUCGACGCCGGUGAAGGCCACAGCGUCGAGAAAAUAAGCCAAGACGAGGAUUGCCAGCCUCUGAAUCUUGUUAGUCUCAAAGAAGGUGAUGCCUGUCCACGCUGUGAUGGGGGUCAAGUGCAGACGCACCGCGCUCUGGAGCUUGGCCAUACCUUCUACCUAGGAAACCGCUACUCCGAGCCCUUUAGUGCUAAAGUCGCAGCGGCCGACCCAAAACAGCCCAAAGUGACUCUCUCUAUGGGCUGCUACGGAUUGGGCAUCUCACGCAUAUUUGCGGCCCUCGUGGAGCACUUUGUCACUGAAAAGGGGCUCCAAUGGCCCGUCGCCAUUGCGCCAUUCCACGUCUACGUUGUUCCUACCAUGGAGAUGACGGACGAAGCCUGGAAACUCCAUGAUGCCAUCUCCACGGGCAAAGUGCAGGACAAGGCGCUUGACGUUGUUGUGGAUGACCGCAAGGUUUCCUUUGGCUGGAAGAUGAAUGACGCCGAAACCGUUGGAUAUCCCAUUCGAGUUGUGCUCGGUAAGAAGUUUCAGAAGGACGGAAUCUGCGAGGUCCACGUCCACAAGUAUGGAACGAAGACGGAUGUCUCUGUGGAUGAAGCGCCGGCGUACAUUGCGGAGCAGAUCCGCAAGCUUGAGCAAGAUGAAGGUGAAGUGCAAAUAUGA